CAAUAACGAAUGUCUUCUGUCGUUUAAGACCAAUGCGCGCCUUUGAAUUAGGGUAAUUUCUGUGGCGCACUUCUGCACUGUUUAGUUCGAAUGUUUUUACUAUUUUGUCAUGAUGUAAAAGAUUGAAGAAGUAGUAACGCUGUAAUUUUAGGUACCCGAGUCAAGUCAGCACGCUCCUGACAUUUUUCAAGCGUUAUUUCUCAGUUGUUAAUCAAAACAAUGACUUCGGCCUCUACUAAGGUUGGCGAGAUCUUUUCUGCAGCUGGAGCUGCUUUCACAAAAUUAGGAGAGCUAACCAUGCAGCUGCAUCCUGUGGCAGAUGUCAGUCCGGCAGGGGCACAAACGAAAACUACAGUCAAGAGGAAGCUCUAUGAAGAUGGUGGCAUUCCUUUAUCCUCUGAUUCUACAAAGAAGAGUACCAAAAAAGUGCCCGUUUCUAUGGCUCCCCCUGCUCCACCUACAGUCAUCACCGUGCCAACAUCUCAGAUUAUGGUGACUGGGGGUUUACAGGGUUCAACCACAGUUUCAUCUAGCAUCAAGUCAUCUAAGACUGCAGAUGUAACUCUCAGCGCACUAAAUGACUCUGACGUAAACAGUGAUCUGGUAGAUAUUGAGGGGCUUGGUGAUAGUUCCACAUCUAAAAAGCUAAAUUUUGAUCAGGAUAGUCUGAAUCUCGACUCCAGCCUCAUCAUGAAUUCAAGUGACUUGCCUCUGUUAUCCCGUUGAAAUCCUCCAUCUCUUUUACUGAAACGUACCAUCUGCUAGAAAGGGAACUGAUCAUGUCACUUGAGUGGAGUUCAGCCCAACUAUACAAACUCUAAGUUCUUCACCUGGACAAAGACCACUUUCUUCUUUUCUUUUCCUUUUUUGACAAUAAAGGAACAUUUAUUUUUGAACACAAGGUUUUGAAAGAUGCUGUCAAAUACUGCUCAAUUCAUAUUACUGUUCUGGGAUCUAUGGUGGUGUAGCCCUUUGUAAAUAAAUUUUCAAUAGAAGCAUUAUUGUACAUAUUUUUCAACCACUAUCUCUAGAGAUUCAAUUGCCAGUACAAUGUUUUGGGUAAAACGUGUUGGGGGGCCCAAUGUUUUGUUUGAUGUACUGUUAACCAUUUGAAAUGCAGAUUUUGCUAUAGGUUAAAUUAUUUUCUAAUAAUUCGUGCAUUUAUAACAAAAGAUUGUAGCUAAAAAUGUCAAUCUAAGACAGGGUUUUACUCGAGAUAAUCCUCAGCCAGGUUGGUUAAAAAUUCUUUUUUUUUUUUUUUAAGAGCUGUGUGGCAGCUUUAGUAAGUUUUAUCUUUUUAAAAAAAAAAAAAUAUGUAUAUAUAUUUUUUUGUUUGUUUGUUUUUUUUUUGCAUUGGCUCGCCAUUCUCUGUUAGUGUGUAAAAGGAAGUUUUCUUAUGUUGAUGUAUUUUCUGAGAUUAGGGGGUUUUAUUAAUGUAAAUGUUUAAAAGUUAAGAUUAACAGAAUGUACAGUAUAUUUACAGUUCAUUUCACAAUUUCCUUAAUUACAUUUUUACCUAAAUGUUUCCAUGAACAUGAGUCUUACCCCAUGAAACUGUACCACAUGAAACUCUGCCAGUUAAGCCAUUUAUCUGAUAUCUUCAUAAUGCAUUGGAAAUUGCUGCCCGUCUUUCCCAUUGCUCAUUAUGGCCAAAAGUGCUACUGAUGAGCUAAUGAAACUAGCCAUGAAAUACAAUUAGACUGAAUGGCAGCUCUAAGCAGAUUGGUGAAGACAGCACACUUUGGGUUUUAACACAGACUGAAACCAAAUAACGGACAUUUUGUGUAAUGUAAAUAAACUUGAUUUAACUCAAAUAUGGCUUUGAUUGUUUUUUUAAUGUUUUUGCACAAAUAUUCUCAUACAAAUGACUGUGAAAGAAGAAAAUACUUUACAAUUUCUGUCAUCAACUACUAUCUAUCUUGGUAUGUCACUGCAAAGGUGAAUGCAGACAGAAUCUCAUUUCAGGACAGGUGGUGUCAUUUUGCUCCAAACACUAGAGCUGUAG